AAUUAUCUUUAAUAUGAACAAGAACCCGACACGAUAUGACACAUGGGGUUUGAUCUGAUUUAUAACCAUAUAAAUGUAACAAAAAAAACAAGAAUAAAUGGUGAACCUACUCAUCCUACACAAAAUACAGCCUAAAAAGAUGCCUCUCUUUCUGUCCCUUAUUAUGAUGAUAUCCCAUGUCUCUCUCACUUGACUACUUAUAAAAUCAUUCCAAAAUUUCCAAACUUUUUCUUUGUUUUCAUUCACUCCCUACACUACUAGUACUCACUACCACCGUAGCCAACUUUCUCUCUCCCCUUUCUCUAUUAUUUUAUUCCUCAACUUUUCUAAAAAAAUGUCUAUAUAAAUUACUCCAAACACCCACAAAUUUUAAUCUAACAAAACCCAAACAAAAAACUCUCUUAUCCUUUUCAUCUUUCGCGUUCUAAAAAUAAAAAAACACGAGAGAAAUACAAAAUUUUCAUCUUUUGCGUUCUAAGAAUUGAAGCACCAAAAAAAUAUUAAAAAAAUGAGGGAAUUUUGGACAUCAUUGGCUUCACUUAUGGGGGUACUAGCAUUUUGCCAAGGUCUUCUAACAACAAUUUUCCCACCUUCAUUCCGUUACACCUUUUUCAAAAUUUUCAACCGUUUCUCAAAUUACUUCUCAUCUUACUGUUACUUUGACAUCACCGAAAUCGACGGCGUUAACACCAACGAGCUUUACAACGCUGUCCAACUUUAUCUAAGCUCUACUGCCGCCGCCACAGCAGCCUCCGCGGGGAGGUUGAGCCUUACUCGGUCUCUCAACUCCUCCGCCGUGACGUUUGGGCUGGCACACAAUGACACUCUUUUUGACACCUUUAAGGGUGUGGCGAUCCAGUGGGAGCACAUUGUCACAGAGCGUCCGUCACAGUCGUUUUCCUGGCGGCCAGUACCCGACGAGAAGCGUGGGUUCAGUCUCCGGGUCAAGAAAUCGGCAAAAGAUUUGGUGUUGGGUCCGUACUUGGAUCAUAUCAUGGACCGGGCCGGAGAAAUCCGUAGACUGAAUCAGGACAGGUAUUUAUACACCAACUCCCGGGGCGGGUCCAUGGACUCGUCCCGACCCGGUCACCCAUGGGAGGCGGUGCCGUUUAAGCACCCCUCAACGUUUGAGACCCUCGCCAUCGACCCGUGGAGAAAGGCGGAGAUCAUGGCGGACCUUAAAGAGUUUUCCAACGGGGAAUCAUUUUACCGGGCCACCGGCCGGGCUUGGAAGCGGGGAUAUCUUUUAUACGGCCCGCCGGGGACUGGGAAGUCAAGCAUGAUUGCUGCCAUGGCAAACUACCUCAAUUACGACAUCUACGACCUCGAGAUUACGGAGGUGUCGUCGAACUCCGAACUCCGAAAGCUUCUAAUGAAGACGACGUCGAAAUCGAUCAUCGUGAUCGAGGAUAUCGAUUGCUCAAUCGACCUUUCGGACCGGCAGAAGGACAGACACAAGCACCGCCCUGGCCUCCACCACAGUCUCCCUAGCUCAGACGACGGGCCAUCAGGACCCGGGUCAGUGACCCUAUCGGGUCUGCUGAACUUCACAGACGGGCUGUGGUCGUGCUGCGGGAGCGAGAGGAUAUUCGUGUUCACGACCAAUCAUGUGGAGAGGCUUGAUCCUGCAUUGUUGAGGUGUGGGAGGAUGGACAUGCACAUACACUUGAGGGAAUGCUCUUUUGAAGCGUUGAAGAUUCUGCUCAGGAACUAUGUGGGAUUAGAGGAGGAGGAUUUGGAUUUGGAGACGGUGGCGGAGUUCGAGACGGUGGUGGAGAAGGCGGGGAUGACUCCGGCGGACGUGAGCGAGGUGUUGAUCAGGCAUAGGAGGGAUAGAAUAAAGGCGGUGAUGGAGUUACUCUUAGAGCUUAAAAGGAGGGCGGAGGGUGGUAAGGGCGGAAGACGUGGCGGCGGUCGGGUUUCGAGUUUUGAGGAUCAAGAAGAGGAGGAGAAGAGGGAGCUUGAGAUGAUGCAUAUUAAUAACAAUAUUGCAAAUGGUGAUGAUCAACAAAAGAAUGAGGAGAAAGAGAAAGAGGGCAAUGUGGUGCUGCUGCAUGAUGAGUUUUAUUCCAAUGAAAAUGAUAAGAAGUCUAAUUAGAAUCCAAAAAAAAAACUAUAUGAGUGAUAAGUUUUUUUAUUUAUCGUUUAAUUUUUCUUUAAGUUUAGGUUCUUUAAAAAUACAGUAUAAAAAAAGAAAAAGUAGAUUUGAGGGAUUAGGAAAGAGGGAACAAGGUAUUGGCAAUGGUAAUGAACUAAUGAUGAAAUGAGUGAAAAUUGGUGAUUUUGGAACAAAAAAGUGAAACUGUAGGGAUUAGUAGAUGAUGUUCAUCCAUAUCAUAUGUUUAAUGUUGUUAUUAUUAUUGAGUUCAUGAUUAUUAUUAAUGCUAAUAAUUAAGUUAUUGUGUA